GCAUCCUUCAUAACUGCUGUGAAGCCUACAAUGUUGGGCUCCUAGAAGCAAAAAUAUUUUCUGGCCCAUCAAGAGAGCAGUUUGGAUAUGCAGUUCAACAGUUCAUAAAUGAAGGCGGCAAAUGGUUGUUGGUUAGUUCACCCUGGAGUGGCUAUCCCGCUAACAGAACUGGAGAUAUCUAUGCGUGUCCUGUUGGUACAUCCAAAACAGCAUGUAAAAAAUUGAAUUUACAAGCUUUAAUAAAUAUUCCAAAUGUGACUGAGAUAAAGGAAGACAUGAACCUUGGCUUGACUCUGACACAGAACUCAAAAACAGGAGGAUUUUUGACUUGCGGUCCUUUGUGGGCACAGCAGUGCGGAAGCCAAUACUAUGCAACUGGAGUCUGUUCUGAAAUCAGUCCAAGUUUCCAGAUCCUAAGAAGCUUUUCUCCUGCUGUUCAAAAGUGUUCCUCUGUCAUAGAUGUUGUGGUAGUUUGUGAUGAGUCAAACAGCAUUUAUCCCUGGGAUGCAGUGCGGGCAUUUUUGAAAAAAUUUGUGCAAGGCUUAGACAUAGGCCUUAACAAAACCCAGGUGGGUUUAAUUCAGUAUGCUAAUGAUCCCCGUGUAGUGUUCAACUUGAAUACAUACCAAACAAAGGAUGAGGUUGUUAAAGCAAUGGAGGGAACGUAUCAGAAGGGAGGAGAUCUCACUAAUACUUUCAAAGCCAUUGACAAUGCAAGACAGUAUGCCUUCUCACCUGAAUCGGGAGGACGUCCGACAGCCACAAAAGUAAUGGUUGUUGUGACAGAUGGUGAAUCACACGAUGGCUCAAACUUGAAAACAGUGAUAGGUAAAUGCAAUGAAGACAAUAUAACCAGAUUCGGCAUUGCUGUUUUGGGAUACCUAAUUAGACAUGAACUUGAUACUAAAAACUUAAUUAAAGAAAUCAAAGGAAUCGCUAGUCAUCCAACAGACAAGUAUUUCUUUAAUGUGUCAUCUGAGGCUGCGCUACUGGAAGAAGCAGGAACACUUGGAGAGCGCAUAUUUAGUAUAGAAGGUACAGAUCAAGGUGAUACAUUCCAAAUGGAAAUGUCACAGGUGGGCUUCAGUGCUUAUUACUCACAAAAAAAGGAUGUUCUGCUGCUGGGCGCUGUUGGGGCCUAUGACUGGACUGGAACAGUAGUUCAGGAGUCUUCUGACAGGGUCACCACCUUUCCAAGCCAUGUGUUUGAGAAGAUUCUACAGGACAGGAAUCAUAGCUCUUAUCUAGGUUAUUCUGUUGCUGUUCUCUCAACUCAGAGCUUUGUCUAUUUUGUUGCUGGUGCACCAAGAUCCAACUACACUGGCAGAGUAGUGGUUUACAAUGUUGACAGCAAUGGUAAUAUCGCAAUUGUGCAGUCCCAGAGAGGCGAGCAGAUUGGUUCCUACUUCGGCAGUGUGGUGUGUUCAGUGGACGUUAACAGGGAUUCUGUGACAGAUGUGCUGCUUGUGGGUGCACCAAUGUUUAUGAACGACCUGAAGAAAGAAGAAGGGAGAGUAUACAUGUUUUCCAUCACAAAGGGAAUUUUGGAUCAAAAAGAACUCUUGGAAGGUCCACAGGGGUCAGAAAACGCUCGCUUUGGAUCAGCAAUUGCAAUGCUUGCAGACAUCGAUUUGGAUGGCUUUAAUGAUGUUGUCAUAGGUGCACCACUAGAAAACCAAAACUCCGGAGCAAUUUACAUUUACAAUGGGUUUCAAAAGACUAUACGUACCAAAUAUUCUCAGAAAAUUUUAGGAUUGGAUUCUGCUUUUGGACAACGGCUCCAAUUCUUUGGAAGAUCAGUAGAUGGCCAUAGAGACUUAGAUGAUGAUGACAUUACUGACGUAUCAGUUGGUGCUGAUGGAAAUGUGGUUCUGCUAUGGUCACAAAGCAUUGCAAAUGUGUCCAUAAUUGCCUCAUUUAAACCUGAGAAAAUCAGUCUGCUGAACAAGAACACAGAAAUAACUGUUAAAAUAUGUUUUCAGGCUACAUUUAGACCUGCGAGGAGAAACAAUCAAGUGGCUAUAAAGUACAAUGCAACGUUGGAUGCAGAUCUCCAGUCCUCUAGAGUGACUUCUAGAGGAUUGUUCAAAGAAAAUAAUGAAAGGUACAUGCAGAGGGAUCUUGUGGUACGUGAUGAGAAUUGUGUUCAUGACAUCUUCAGUGUACAGGAACCUUCCGAUGCAGUGAAUUCACUUAGUUUGCGCAUUGACAUUGGCCUUGCUAAUCCUGGCUCCAGCCCUGUCCUUGAUAUAUAUUCUCCUGCAUCUGUGGCCUAUAGUAUUCCUUUUAUUAAAGACUGUGGUGAAGAUGAACUUUGUAUCUGUGAUCUUGUUGUGAAUGUUCAGCGGAAAGCAGAUGAUGGCAAUCAGCAGUUUGUUGUCAGCAGCAAAAACAGAAGACUAACAUUCAACGUGAAAUUGAGAAAUAAAAAGGAAAAUGCAUAUAACACCAGAAUCCAGGCUACAUUUUCAGACAAUUUGUUUUUUGCUUCAUCGUCUUUACCGAGUGAUGGGACUGAAGUUUCGUGUCAGACAGGAACAGCACAAAGUACAGUCAUUUGCCAAAUGAACUAUCCUGUUUUCAGAACAGGACAACAGGUAUCCUUUGAUAUUAGCUUUGAUUUUAACAUGAAAAAUCUUCAGAAUGUGGCAGUUCUAAGUUUUUGGGCAUUGAGUGAAAGUAAGGAAGAUCAAGAAUUGGACAAUCAUGUCAGCUUAUCAAUUCCUUUGCGAUAUGAUGCAGAAAUUCACUUCACAAGGCUUGCCAACAUCAACUUUUAUGAAGUAUACUCUGGUCAUAACAUUCCUUCCACUGUGAAUAACUUUGAAGACAUUGGCCCCACAUUCAACUUCUCAGUUAAGGUAACAACAGGAAGUAUUCCAGUAAAGAUGGCAUCUGUAAACAUCUAUCUUCCAGAACAGACCAACAAAGAUAACCCACUGAUGUACAUAACUGCGGUCACCACAGAUCAGGCCAGAGGCGUUACUUGUCAAGCUCAGAUAAAUCCACUUCAAAUAGGGAAAAGACCUUAUUCUGCGUCCUUCACAAAAGAGAACUUCAGAGCUUCCAAAGAACUGAACUGUAAGAAUGCAAAGUGCAGUACCAUCGCAUGCAAACUGGAAGACAUUAUGCUGAAGGGAGAGUACUUUGUGAACGUGUCCACCCGAAUCUGGAACGGAACCUUUGCUGCUUUAACUUUCCAGACAUUACAGCUCUCUGUAGAGGCAAAAAUCGAUACACAUAACCCUGAGUUAUUUAUAAUUGGAGAGAAUACCCUAACUAUCCCAGUUACAAUAAUGAAGCCAGAUGAGGAAGCUGAGAUACCAGUUGGUGUUGUGAUUGGCAGUAUAUUGGCUGGACUCCUCUUGCUGUUAGUAUUGGUUGCCGUUUUGUGGAAACUUGGCUUCUUCAAGAGACAGUAUGAGAAAAUGACACAGGAUAUAGAAGAUGUCGAUGAAAUUACAGAACUCACAAAGGACAAAGACUGA